AUGCUCGACUCCUCGGCGCCGCUCUUCCUCCGCCGGGACCCUAACUUUGGCGACCCACUGCUCUGCAUCAGCGUCAACAACUCCUAUCCGUACAGCAGCAGCCCGGGGGAGGCGGCCGCCUAUCGAGGUGACCUCAAGUUCCGCCUCUUUGCGGGGAAAAGCGCCAAGGCCGUCUACGGGAUUGUGGCCAAUCAGCUGGGGUUGAUUCCAAAGCCGGUGGGUGUGCCCACCUUUGAACGGUUCUUUCGAUCUCCCAUCUGGACCACGUGGAAUGUUUUCAAUGAUGGCGAUGGCUCUAAUGGUGACCAGAAGAGCUCCUUCAACCAGGAAAACGUCCUCAAGUACGCCGAGGAGCUGGUCACUCGAUACGGCUUUCCGAAUGACUCCACGCUGGAGCUGCACCGCCGCUGGGAGCGCACCUACGGCAAUCUCGCCUUUGAUGGCGCCCGCUUUCCCGAUCCAAAGGGGAUGAUCCGAAAAUUUCAUUCCGCCGGCCACCAGGUCACCCUCUGGAGCUACCCGAACAUUCACACCGACUCGCCGGAGUACCCAAAGGCGGUGGAGUUCUUUGUGAAAGAAAUGAACUCCACUUUCAGCUCUUCCUCCUCCUCUUUGGCAAAGUUUCGAUCUUCAACUUCAAAACCCUCUCCACUGGUGAUCAACUACUCCGACGGGGCGGGCAGCUACGUGGACUUCUCCAACCAGGCGGCGGCGGAGUGGUUCGUCGAUCGGCUGAAACGUUUUGCCGAAUCCACCGGCGUUGAUGGCUUCCACCUGAAUGAGGCCGUUUUAUAUGAUUACAGAGGUCCGCUGGGCGUGGCCGACCCGGAGGUGGCGCGGGCGCCCAGUCUGCUGACCAAGUGCUACGCCAACAUUGCCUACCAGCUAGGCGGUGGUGGUGGUGAUCAUCACAAUGAUCAUGAAGGCCUGAUCGUGGUAACCGACUCCGCCUUCAAGAACCAGUACCUGCCAAACUUUGUGGCGCUAAACGCCAAGGCAGGCGACUGGUCCUAUGCAAACGGUCUUCGCUCUCUGAUUCCCGCCGUCCUCUCCCUCUCCCUCGCCGGAUACUCCUUUAUCGUCCCCUCGAUCAUCGGCGGCGGCUACUCUGGCGUCCUCGAGCCACCGCCCGAGGAGCUGUACAUUCGCUGGGCGCAGGCCACCGCCCUCAUGACGGCCAUGAA